AUGGCGUCCAAAUUCGACACGCAGACUUACCUAGGCAACAUCAUUAACAACCAGCUUAUCCCAACUGCUAAGACGCGACAUUCCAUCGACCCAGCCACCAGCCAACCACUCUACGAAGUGCCAGUAGCCAGGAAAGAAGAUCUAGAUGCCGCCGUGUACGCAGCACGUAAAGCAUUCCAGACAUGGAGCACAACGCCCUUCUCUGAGCGAGCAAAUUUACUCCUCAAAUAUGCGGAUACCAUAGAACAUCACCGCGAUGACCUUGAGCAGCUUCUCACCCAGGAGCAAGGCAAGCCGCUGUCACUAUCGAAAUCUGAGCUUGAUAAGACAUUAACGUGGUUACGCGCCUUCGCCACCAUGGAGAUUAAAGACGAGGUCCUGCAAGAGGACGACGAGAAGAUUGUUUACUCAACUCAUCCACCCAUCGGCGUAUGCGCUGGUAUCGUGCCCUGGAACUGGCCCGUCUUGCUGGGCAUAGGAAAGUUAGGUCCAGCGCUGAUUACUGGAAACACGUUCAUCAUGAAGCCAUCACCAUACACGCCAUAUUGCGACCUCAAGCUCGGUGAACUGGCUACGACAGUAUUCCCACCAGGAGUCGUGCAGGUACUCAGUGGAGACGACAACCUUGGUCCAUGGAUAACUGAACACCCCGGUAUCGACAAGAUCGCCUUCACUGGAUCGAUAGCUACAGGGAAACUGGUCGCAGCAUCCUGUGCGAAGACGUUGAAGCGGUACGUUUUGGAACUAGGUGGCAAUGACGCGGCGAUCGUGUGCGAAGACGUCGAUAUCGACAAAUGCCUGCCUAAGAUUGCUACGCUGAGUUUCCUCAACUCAGGUCAGAUCUGCAUGUUAACGAAGCGUAUCUACAUCCACGAAAGCAUCUACGACACCUUCCGUGAUAAGAUGGUUGAGUUCACAAAGAGCAAUAUCAAGACUGGUGCUGGUACGGAGGAUGGUGUGGUCGUGGGACCUGUGCAAAAUAAGAUGCAAUUCGACAAAGUCAAAGACAUGUACGACCAGAUCUCUGCCCAGCACUGGACUACCGCCCUAGCAGGUUCCGCCACCUCUUCCCCCAACGGCUACUUCAUCACCCCCGCCAUCAUCGACAACCCACCGGAAAACUCCCGAAUCGUCCAAGAAGAACCCUUCGGUCCCAUCGUCCCCUUACUAAAAUGGAGCGACGAAGACGGCGUCAUUGAUCGAGCGAAUGCGCUCAAAACGGGGUUGGGCGCUUCGGUUUGGAGUAAAGAUCUGGAGCGCGCGGAAAGAAUGGCGAGAAGAUUGGAGGCAGGGAGUGUGUGGGUGAAUUCACAUUUUGAUGUUGACCCUAAGGUGCCAUAUGGGGGGUGGAAGGAGAGUGGGGUAGGAAUGGCGUGGGGGGUGGAGGGGUUGAAGGCUUAUACUAACAGUAGGAGUCUGUGGGUGUGGAAGAAGGUUUUUGAGUAA